UAUUGUCCAUACCUUAGCUUCCCAUCCAUUGUUUCUCACCAGUGAAUGCGCUGAUUUGAUGUUGUGUUUCAGACUGGAAGCAGAAGGGCAGUCAAGGUGUGUCUCUGCAGUGUUAUAAAAGUCUUGCUGAAGCGGUGCAUCUUUGAGCUGCUGGUGGCUCACCAACAUUGCUCAAAUGGUAUUGUCUAACCACAACUACAUUAUAGUAACGAUAGUGCCUCUGAUGAACGACCCCAUCAGGAAGGUGUCCGAGAUGUGUUGUGAAUUGGUCAGUAAACUGCUGAAACAGGAUAAAGUGGGCCAGGCUUUAUUAGUAACGGUGAAAGUUAUCUCAGGCUUGGUCAAGAGCAGGAAUUAUGACGUGAAACCUGAGUAUGGAUGGGCUGAUGCUGAAGACUCUCUGUCUGUGGAUAAAAGUAGACAUGAAGAAAGAUACUGUGCCCAAAAUGAAGUUCAUUACAUUCAAGGAGAAGAGGAUCUGUCCAGGGUGCAGCAGAAGGUCCAUGUUGAGAGUUUUUUUCUAUAA